UCUGUAUCCCAGUGACCUACCCGAUUCCAAGCCUGAGGCACCAUAGCUUAGCAUCCUACUUAUUUCCCUUCAUAACCAGCUCGACCAUCUCUCAGAACCAAAGAUGAAGAUCGGGAAGGCUCCUGAGCUCUUGAAGAAGGCGGCAGCAAUGUGCAAGAGCAAGACCGCAAGGCUCCUCAUCCUUGCCUCGCUCCAGCGCCGUGGGAUGGCUAGAACAGCCGUGGUCUCUCGCAAGAUCGACGCGCUUAUUGUGGCCGACUGGGAGAGAGUGGACCGCCACAAGGCUCUCGCGCUGCGCACAAUGGAGAAGAGACCAAUCAUCGUCCAUGAGAGUGACUUUGAGGCCAAUUUCUCUCAUCACUUGGCGGUGUUCAACCAAGAGAAUGGUCAUGGUGGCUGCCCAGCUGAGUGGACACUGCAUCCCCUCUUCAACAACGACCACGACAACUGCCGUUACACUAAGGAUGAUGAUGUGCUAAUUGAUUCAUGUGAUCAAGACAACGAUGAUGAGCCAUCUGUCGUGGAUGUGAUCAGGAGCAACCAAGAAGCUGAGGGGUUGGAGUUCGACAUGGAGGAGGAUAUUGACCAGGCUGCUGAUAUGUUCAUUAGGAGGUUUCGGCAGCGUCUGAACGAGGGAUUUUAGGGUCUUGUUUGUACAUGCAUGUACCUUGGCUUAGGGUGUUGUCUUCUUUUUAGGUGCCCAAAAAUUAGAAAAUUUUGUAGA